AUGUCCUUCAUGUUAGUCAACAUCGUGUUCUACCGCGGCGACCGGGACCUCCUGUCAAAGGUCACGAUAGGAGACGUCGAGUUGGCGCUGCCCUUCAGCUUGACCUCUUUCAUAAUCGGUCUAGAAAGUUCACUCAUCGCUCUGCCAAUCAACGUGCUCAUCGCGGUGCUUUUUCGGUACUCCGGGGCAAGGAAGCAACCAUCGGGGUCUGCAAACUCGUUCAAACCAAAGAACAAAGAAAGUUACGGCGCCCGCCUUAAAGGACAGCACGUCGCGAAAUUCGUUCUCCCUCGCUACCUGCCGAAAGUUGACAACGCCCAGUCGGAGUUUGGCGCAGGGUACACGGCAGACCCGACAGCCUAUAUCGAGAAGUUAAAGAAAGAAGGAGCUUUCAAGACAGUGGAUACCAGAUACGUCGUUAAGAAAGAAGGGUCGAAGGUCACAGUGAACCGGAAGCCGUACCGUCCGUUUCCUUGGUGGUGCCGCAUCGUGGCCUGGCUCCUAGUGGCCGCCAUAGUGGUGGUGUGUGGAGCCUUCACUGUCCUGUACGGUAAUGAGUACGGUCGGGCCAAGUCUCAGUCCUGGCUCUUCGCCUUCCUCAUCUCCUUCCUGACUGAUGUCAUCAUCCUUCAACCGGUCAAGGUCAUUCUGGUCAUCAUCUUCUUCAAGCUCAUCACCAAGAAAACUAAAGUUCCCCCAGAGACCAUUUCAAUGAUGCAGAGUCGAAUGAACGCAGUGGAAGAGGCAGUAUGGGAGGGAAGGAGAAAGAAAUUUCUCCACCAUAUGUUGUACCAGGACGGUUACGUCCGAGAGCCGGCUUCGCCGCACAGUUACAUCAACACUGAAAACAGAUCAGUUACAUGGCAGUAAUAGUAGUACAUCUUAGGAAGAUUUCGGACAUCAAGGUUCGUACCCAGAUCUGUGCCUCGUGUAGAGACGUACCGUCUUACGUCUGAAAGAUCUUCCGCCGAUGUCGUCUUUGAAUGACUUCGAAGAAAGUGACCAGUGCCGAGCGCGAUAUCUCGCACUAUCGUAUCCGAAACUGUGCAUAUCUAGAUCCAUGCCUGAACGGGUUAGGGUUAGGAUCAGGCACGGUUCUGGAUAGUCUCCGCGUAUCCAAGAACGUAUACAGUACGUGGAUCUGCGUAGUCUCUAUCGUAUCCAAAAACCGUGCCUAUCUAGUACUAUAUGCCGCAAUGAAUUAGGAUUAAUCGUUAGGCACGGUGGAAAGUCUCCAACAACGUAGAUUUGCUCCCAGGCACGGUUCUGGAUAUGCGCAAACUAUACACAACUGUGCCUGAACAUGGUUCUGGAUAAAGUACUCCUGAAUCGUAGAAUAUAAUAUAAUGCUGUCCUUGGGAAAAAACGUACAAUAGAUUAGCUUUGGUAUAUUUAGUUUGAGUAUGGAUUAACUCUGUUGGAAUUGUAUUUUAGUAUAUUUCAUGUACCUA